GCAACGGUAAAUGCUGGAUCGAACCUGGCGAUACACCAGCUGAAAUUCUAAAUGUCGAAUGGUUACCAAACUACAAUCUCAAAGUCACUGUGCAAUCGCCAUCAUAUGACGGUAGACCCUGCAAAUUUGCGCCUGAAGCAAUUGGCCACUUUACAUUUAAAGAUAAUGAAACUGGUAAAUCUUAUAGGUUUUCAAAGAGUGCAGUAUGGAUCAAUGGUUAUG